AUGUCCUCGAGAUCAUCCCCAACUCCUCUUACAUAUACAUUCUACUACUCCUUCUCUGCACCCACCCCCGCCAAACUACUUGCACUUCUCAUCAUCCACCACGUUCCCAAUCUACCCUCCAAUCCUCUCGCAACCACUUUUGUCUACCGACACGUCCUUGACGGAUCCUACACCCCGUUCAUCACCCCAAUCGCCUCUCAUCCAUAUGCGUCGCAAGUCACUAUCAAAGAAGAGGACACCUCCGACGAACAAUUCUCCCAACUCCUUCAAUAUCCCUCCCCGGAACCAGAACCCUCACUUUCCACCAACGAAUACUACUACACUUACUACGACCAGGACGGCUUUAGAGGAGAUAGAAGAUUAAAGUGUGAACCAUCAAGAGGAGCGGACGAGUAUUUUACCUACCUCAGUAACACCAUUCGCGUCUCUGAACCAAACACGACUUACUCCCAGACUUUACCCCCGGACGUCCCUACACCACCCUACGGAGUUUGGGAUCCCGAUCGAUCCUUUUGGUGCACUCGCAUCACACCCGGUCGAGCUCUAGUCCAAGCCGUUGAAAAUUCCUACCCGGUUUAUUUUGACGAAGGGUGGAAAUAUAUCUCACCCCCUGGAGAGCGAGUUCCAACAACCAGAGAUGCUUCUACGCCCCUUUCUACGCCCCCUAGAACACCCUCUCCCAUCAUCCCCAAACUUCCUAACUCAUCUCUGGCUCGCCCUAUGCCGACUCAGACCGAAGUAGCAGGAAACCUACGAGAAGGAGAAGAAACACCUAGAAUCAACCAAAGACCGGGUGAUAGCAGACAGAUCAAGGCAAAGCCUAAGCAAGGAGGAGGCGAUGAUGAUCCCAGUAACGAUGGAGGAGACAACGGAGGAGGCAACAACGAUAACUCAUCAGGACACUUCACUUUCAAUAGUACGAUGUUGAACCAUACUCACCGAACGUAUACCGGAGAUAACCCCGCCGAGUUUAAGGAAAACAAACACGUCGCAAAACCUCCACUCUUCGAUGGAUCUAACUGGGAUGAGUUCUGGACUUCGGCCCUGGAUAAUAUUCGAGCAAACCCGAAAUAUUUCCAGUCCUACCGUCGCCGCAUCAAAUAUGUCCUGUUGUUCUUCCGAGGGGCCGUAUUGUCCUGGAAACAAAAUUAUAUUUCCGAUCCAGACAACGCCGUAGAUCUCGACUACCCAUACAACCCCGACACGGAUAAGCUAGAGCUCCCGCAGGAAAAACACAAGGCAGGAGUCACCAAAGCAGACUGGUUCUGUUUCAUACACCUUCUGAAACGAGACUACAAAACCUUAGAUUCCCGAGGGCAGGCUAGACAAAAGGUUAUGUACUCGAAGCAAGGAGCCCAGACUGCUGCCGAGUACUUCCAGAACUUAGAUUUGUGGAGGAGGAUCGCGAGAUAG